AUCGGCUGGAAGAACCGAUUGUGCGUGAAAAUGAUCACAUUUUUACUGAAGGAACCUGAGCUAUGACGUCCCAGCAAACUCCCUGACCUGUCUUGGACUCCCUAGAGGGGAUUCGACAACGUUGUCAUCGAAAUCACCCGGGUGGAGCUGUCGCGUGGACUGAUUGGGGUUAAUCUGGACCUUGAGAAGUUGUCUGACAUUCCUAUCAACUCAAGCACAAUCUUUUUCUGUCAUGACCACUCCAAGUUUUACUGAGCUUGGUCAAAGUAUCCGUAACGUGCUGAACUCGAGUUACGAGUACGGUCGCCGAGUUGUCAGGAUAACUCUCAAGGCCAAAUCCGAAAACAACUUGGAAAUUGAUAGCAGUUACAAGCUCAACUGCGAAAAUCCACCGGCGAGAGGGGAUGCUACGGUGAAACUUCGACUUCAGGAUUACGGUGUGCUCUCGGAGAAGUGGAACAGCGAUGGUACCAUCAAUUUGGAGUACAAGAUUGACGAGGGGAAGAUUUUUGAGGGGCUCAGGAUCGUCGGGGGAUACUCCUACAAUCCCUCCACCAACGAUUCGGGACUCAAGGUCACCACGAAAUUUAAGAACGAUUUUUUGAACUGCAGCCUUUGUGUUGGAAAUGCCCUAGACAAACAUUUGAGCUUUCUCGCUGGGGUUGUGAUUGGCCUCAGGGGUCUCUUCAUUGGGUACCAAUUUGAAUACGAAUCGCUGUCCAGCUCUUUCACGGCGAGUAAUAUCGGGGUGACGUAUAAAUUCACUGAUUUGAGUGUAUACUUCAAGUGCUCCCCCGGGAUGACCGACCAUUACGACUUAUCAGCGGUGUAUAAAGUGAAUGAAAAUUUCAAGGCUGCGAUCACUGGAACAUUGACAGGACUCGAUACUAGGGCCAACUGGAAGGGCGGCUGGGGUGUGCAGUAUAAAUUCGACGAGGCAGCCACUUUGCGAAUGAAAUUUAACAACGAAUUACAAUUGGAUACCAGUAUACAGCAUUUGCUGUACGAUGGGAUUAAGGUGACGCUUGCUUUUGGAAUUGAUUGCAGGGACUUUGAGAACAGUCGGCACAGGGUCGGCCUGGCGAUCGAUAUGGAGGUGUGAACGGUCGUAGGAGGAAUGCAAAAAGGCUUUUACAUCUGUUAUUUAAAAAAUCGUAGGAAUAAAAAACAGAAAUAAAGAAGAUUAUUUAGCUCUGCACUCUUCAUUUGAAAAGGUAUAUUCGUUAUAAUGGUGGAGCACAUACUCGACGUUCCGCCUUGUAAAUAAUUUUCCCUCGAGAUAACAUUUUUUACCUCAGCUCACAAAGGUGGGAGAUAUGAGAGAAGAAUGAUGAGGGAAAAAUAAUGACAAAAAACGAGGUACACUAUCUUACGAGAAUUUAUAUCGCCGUGAGAAGUGCAAUUCACUCGGAGUAAAAACCAGAUAAAAUCUUGCUACGUGGAGGAUUCUAUCUGAACAGCGAUUUUUUAGUCUUCGGAGGGGUGGGGCAGAACCGGAUGAUGAAAUUUAAUGAAUCAGCGUCAUUCGCAUCAAUCAGAAUAAUUAAUUCACUCGUCAAUUACGAUUAUUCGUCAGUUACGAGCACUUUUCGCGAAAUAUCUCGAAAUCUGAGCGAGAUAUCGCAAUAUUAAUUAUCAACUUUUUUUUAGAGCUAAUGGAGAACUACAACAAAGGUCGUUACAAAAAUUUCCCUAUCUCUCUCAGAUUCCGAGAUAAUCCCCAAACCCUGAACUGCGAGAUAAGCCGACUUAUCUCGGUUUAGUACUCCCCCAUGGGAUUAAAUGAAAUGAAAAAAAAAAUACGUUUGAGGGAAAGACUCACCCGAUGUCGAGGAACGGCUGGCAUACUGCUGGUUCGCCCCCGCUGCCUGUCAACUCUUGCCCGCGAUGCUGUCCCAGGUGCGGAUGGGCUCGUCGGACUGGGACUCAAGUGCGGUGUCAUUGCAACAGCCCCAGGAUUCAAUAUACUAUUCCUCGUUGGGCUCCUCGGUGAGGGUGAUAAGUGCCCCCAGGGACCCGCCUCGGUCUGCAAAAAUCUGGAGGAAUUCCACAAGUUUUCAACGACCAACUUUGGAAAUUCAAACUUUGCUGUACCAUCGAAUUUAAAUAGAGGAGAAAAAGACAAUAAAAAAGUUGGAAAACUACUUCAAACCUGUGCAAAUCCGGCGUGGGCCGGGCCACGGCGAUGCUGCAGCUCCUUCGCCUCGAGGGAGUCGGUGAUUUGGGGGCUUCAGUCAUAGACUGUGAUUGUCCACCCAUGGAAUGACCUCCCCCAUGCAAUCGCACCUCUAUCUCGCUGCUUCUGCGUUGAAAUGCCCGCUUUCCCCAUCUCGUGUUAUUUUUCUUGGCAUCAGGGCUGUCGGUUCUCCUGGAAAAACAGAGGGGAUUUGAUGUGUCGUCCGAUGAAAUAUAAUUUUCCUACUCGAGUCCCCCGAGACCGAGCUCCUGUGUGACGCGAUAAUGGCUGAAGGUCAGAGGACAGGGCUAAACAAACUUAAUUUACGUGUAAAUUUCCAACGGCAAGGGAACACCAUCGGGAGACCACUUUGGAGUUUACCUGGUCUCCUCAAUUAUUGCUUAUCCUUGACUCCCAUUCAAUCCAGUGUGGAGUCUGAGUACUCAGGGAAUUCAAAUUUUCAGAGGACAUUUCAAUUGCUAACUGCCGUUACCUCAUAUUUUUGUAGUUAAAUGGGAUAACGAGGUAAGUUGAGUCAUCUCCAACUUUGUUUUCUGAUAAAUAUCUCAAACACGAUACGAACUUCUGAUAAUAUUGAAAAAGUUAUUCUCAAAGUAAACAGGACUACCAGAUUAUAAGGACUAUAUUGUGUUAUUCUUAGGAUUAACCGAUUUUUUUUUUGUUGAGACAGCUGCUGGACCAAUAUUUGGCCGACCUUAGACCCUCAUGGAAUCAACGUGGGGUAACAUUGGACCCAGAUCGAUGCCGCCACGAAUUUUUAGGUAAAAAUUACGCGACAAAAAUGUUAUUCCAUCCAGAUCAAUUAAACUUCAUCUAAUUUAUUAUGUUUCUAUUUUUAAUUAUUUUUAAAUGGAUUCGGAAUUCACCGAAUGACGUCCCGAGUCAUUCGCUUCGCUUAAAUCCUAUUUUUAAUCUAUUAAACAAUUCGCGUGACUCAAUUGAGCAAUUUAUUUCCGUCAAAAUUAUCUUUUAAUGUAUAAUUGAUGUUGAUGAAUUUUCUGAUUAAAAAUCAGAGGAAAAUCCCGCGUAUUUCACGAUUUGGAAUGAAAAUCGAUGACGAAUAUCCCCUCGCGUUUAAUAAUCAAAUGAAACAGCUGAAAAUUCAAUGUCACUCCCCUGAAAAUUCCGUCUAGACAGUUCAUGAACUUCCCUUAUUUUCCCGAACAGUUGCCGAUUUAAAUAGUUGACACAACUCGGUGGGACCGGCCUCGAUGCGAAUUAGAAUAGAAACAUUUAAAAUUAGAAAAUUUUCGUGGUCUUCCUCAAAAGUCAAAUUCAUCACAUCCAAAGUAAACAGUAUGCCAUCAAUCACCUGGGUAUGAGUUUGUCCUCCAGCAUUGUUGGCAGAUCGUCAGUGUCUUCCGUGAGUGCAGCAAAAAAAUCCUGAAAUUUAUCUGGAAAAUUGCUCGGUGGGCACGUUGUCGUGGACAGUUGGACAGCAUCCUGGUGUUGCUCGUUACCACUUCCCCGGUAUCUCGUCACUGUUGAUGUUGCCAUUUUUCCCCAAAGCUCAUCGCCUGGAGGUCCCCGAUGAGGCGGCAAUUAUUCCUGCAAGGAUCGCCCGAACGUAAGUCACGAGGGGAUGAAAGGGAUUUGUUUCAUCCCAGGAGGCUCUCCGAUGCGAUUGAAAAUCCGUCGUUACCACAAAUUAUUCAUCCCCUGUCGCUAAUUGCUCGUGGGAUAGUUCGUUAAUUCAAUUAAACGUCAGCACAUAUUGCGCCAGCCACAUGUUGUCGGGGAAUCUGGGGCUCGAAUGCAAUUGUGGAUAUUUAAUUUAUCGAACGCAUCAGAUGCGGAUAAAAUUCUUGAGCCGAUUUUUCUUCCCAUCGACUUUGGUCCCGUUUAAUUAAACAAUCAAUGGUAUUGGGAUUAAUGAGGAAUUUUUAAUCGUUCCUGGUGAGACGAGGUGGUGAUGGACGUUAACGGAGUGUCUUGACGUCGUCGCAUGACAGUCAACUUCGUACACCGACGGAUAACUGAGGGUUGAAGGCUUUCGCGUGGUUGUUGUUAUACUUUUUGUAGCCGGGAACCACUCGCCUGGGGGUCGCGCAAGCGUGACUCGCACCAACCCCGUUGAAUGAGUCUGUUCGGAAAUCUUGCGAUAGCACACGCGCUGACCUCGGUGGACCUGCAUGUUGGUUGAAAGUUGGUCGAGGGAUUUUCGGGGAUACCAAUAAUUGACGAAACUAAAUCCUCCUCCGACUAAUGAUAAUUUAUUAUUUAAUUAACGUCUUCACCAUCACAAUAUCGUUACGUACUUUCUUAUCUAGUAGACGAAUUCAAUUCAAGGCGAAGGAGAUCUUUGAAAAUCAUAAAUUUUGUUCAGUUUUUCUCUUGGUUUAUGGAAAAUGUCAGUAGCGGAUUUUUAGGGGAUUCCCUAUGUUAAUUAGUUCCGCGUCCGCGGUGGAAUACAAACUAUGAAUUAUUGCUCAAGGGAUUAUGCAAAUUUUCAGUGAAAAAAAUUAAUAUGGAUCGUAUUUUCUCAUUUGAAAAUUCUGAAUUUUUUCCCCUGUCAAAUUAUGAAAUCGUAAUUUUUUUCUGGCGCAAUACGCGAUGAUUAAUGGAUGGAGGGAUGGGGGUGAAGCGGGGCAUAACUGAGGCCUCGAAUUCCCCAAAUAAAUUGUUAACAGAAAAAAUCAAAUCCCUCCUAAUUUUUAAAAAAUAUUACGAGCUGAUUUUUAAAGUAAUUUCACAGGUAAAAGCGAUUCUAUUUAUUUACUGACGUUUCAAAUUAAGGUAAUUUGAGAUAAUUCAAUUUAGGGAUUUCAAUAAUUAAAUGACCAACAGCGCAUGUCCAGAAAAAAAUACGUGAGCGUGCCUGGAAAGUAUUAAUUAAUAUUCGAUAGAUUGUAAAGCCAUAACUCUAGCCCCACAAUUACCGAACAUGCAUUGUAAAAUGAUUUUGGCGCCGAUCUUAAUCUUCGCUUUAUUUUCCAUGUCUCGAACGUGUACAUGCUUAUUAGGUACCCCAUCGAUCGCACUCACCAGACAUGCAGUAAUCAUUGUUAUUAUAUUGACGCUGGUUGAGGGCGAAGGUGUCUUAGGGUCAAUGACUGUCGCGAAAAAAUCAAUAUUUAAAAAUUUCCCGCGCCAUCGACAAACAUUUGUAAGCGCAAGAUCAGCGGUAAGUUGAGACGGGAAAAAGGAAAUUUAACCCACGUGGAAGGAGCCGAAGAGUAUUCGGAGAAUGCGACAUUUCCCGCCCCCAGCCCCCACCCACCCUCAGCCCCCCGAUAUCCGAGGACUGAUAGCGAUAAAGUCAAUAUAAUAUUUUCUCUUUCAACUCACUGAUCCGCUUAACUGAAUAACUAAUAUUAUUAUGUAAUUUUCUGGAUUAAUUAUGUGCAAAAAAAUAAGGAAUAAAAUUAAAUGAAAUGACUACGCAAACCCAGUGAUGUUUGUACUAAUUUUUAUUCGACAAAUAAUAAGUAUUCAUUACAAAUAACUGUAAACUUUAUGUUGUAAUACACGCAUAUUUGUGUCUUCACCAGUAUUUGUCUCAUUAAUCAAUUAAAUCUCUAUAUCAUCAUCAAUGUUUUUUUUUUUUCGUUAAUUCAAUUUGUCGUCAUCCACACUAUCUCAUUUGUUCAACAGCUUUUACGUUCCUCCUCUAGUAUUAUUCUUCCCUAGUAUUACUCGAUUACAAUAAAAAAAGGAAAUGCACAUUUCAAUUGCCGAUACACGUGUCUGAAUAUUAAAAUUACUUUUAAUACAAUUUAUUGAUUGUUUUGAUUGAUAAAAACAUCCGACUCAUGAUCCAGUAAUGUAACGAUUGGAAAAAAAACAAGAAAAAUUAUACGAGAAAUGUCAGCCAGUGAUAUACAAAUGCCCUUGCGAUAUUCCUGAGGAUAGUUAGUGAUAGCCAAGUGAUAAGAAAAUGAAUAAACGACAAGUUAAUCACUACAGCGGGAUGAAUUUCAUCGAUUCUUUUACUUUUUUCAUCUGAAAUACCUAGUCGAGCUCAGUCAGCAAGACACACGAUCUACUUAAAUAACAUAAAUCUUAUCAUGAAUAUGAGAGAAGUAGCAAAGGUUGGAUCGAUGGACAAUCGUUGUAUCGUCAAUCAAAUAACUCCUCCCCCCCUCCCCCCUGUCCUCUCGUAUUUUUAUCAACUAAUUUUUCAUCAUUCACUUCAAUUUCACACAAUAAGAUUUUUUAUUCAUCUUUACUCUAGCUUUGUCUUCAUUGGCGAUACUUUUCCAUCGAAAUCUCACCCUUUCAUUAAGCUUAAUGAAGUUAAUUAAUGCAAUAUUAAAUCAACUAGACUAUAGAUAUAUUCAUCAGAUGGGAGUGGGUCCUCGUUAAGGUCUCGAUUAGUAUUAAUUAUUUCAUAGUCGUGUUAAUAUUCAUUGCUGAAAUAAUCUGUGCAUUGGAAAUGAUUUUUUUAUAAUCGAUGAAGAAGAGAAAGAACCAUCUAGAUUAAAUGUUAUUACUCUAUUUACAAUGUACUUCGUCGAUGCCACUUUUGUGUUACUGGAAAUAUUCGAAACUGAGAAUAAAAAAAGCUGGAAAUGGAAUUGACUCCUAUUUCUUUUCCUCUUAUCGUCGUGUGGAUGAGAGUGACUACAUGAUGGAUUGAAUCUUCAAUCAUUCCAUACCCCUAGCAAUGGUUAUCUUAACAGUUAUCUAUUAUUGUACACAAUCUCGAAAAGAUAUAGGCCAUGAUAUAUCAUAUAUAUUUUUUUCUCCUCACUCGUCGGCUGUAUGUUUGAUUUGAAUUUUCAUUUUUGUUGAAUAGCGUCUUGCAAACAACGAAAACACGAUUAAUCGAGUUUUCAAUAUCUCAUAGCGUGAAAAAUUGUACGAAAUGAACGAUGGAAUCGUAAGGGUCUAUCUGCUAAAAUAAAAUUAAAAGUGUAUGUUGAUUUUCAAAAGUAAACUUAUUGCCUAUUUACAUUGAAACUGAUAAAUACAUCCGAAAAAAUGCACAAAGGAAAACUUUUAUAAUAAAAAGAACGAAAAAAAAAGAAA